AUGGAUGGGAAGGGCCCAGUCGUGCCUGAUGGGGAUGGAUCAUGGGAACACACGGCAAGCUGGCCGAACAUCCCAGCCACAGCUACGGGUGGAACUGCGGAGGGGGCGGGAGGGCGCACGAGUGGUGGGAGUCGUGCAGCCAGCUUGUCCGCGUACAUCACCCCUAGGGUGCAGGAGCAGGAGCUGCGCUUUGCCCUGGUGGAGUUGUUCACCGACGGCGAUCUGCCAUUUUGCCUUGUCGAUCGGCCAUCUUUGGAGGGCUCGCACACCGCUUUGCUGAUAGCGAAGACCCUUGAAGGCAUUCUGGCAGAGUGGGGACUGACUGAGACGUUGUUCGCUGCCACUACGGAUAAUGCAGAGAACAACAACAAGGCCAUGCGCAUGCUUGCAUGGGACCCAGCGGAGGGCGCUGAGUCGAAGAUGGCGUCUCCGCUGUUCGACGGAGAUCGCCACCUACGCGAACAGCUGGAUGGCCUUCGGCUGACCGACGUGCAUUGGGAGGCUCUCGUCGAGCUCAAGGAGUUCCUCGAGCCAUUCAACACCAUCACAAAGGCAGCCGAGGGUUCCUUGUACCCCACGGCUGCUUCAGUCGUGCCGUUGUACAACCAGUUGCUCGACAAGCUAGAGAUCUCCUCUCGCAAGGAGGGUGUCACUCCCCUCCGACAGGCUCUCGACUCUGCAACCCUCGCCAAGCUGAAGAAGUUCAAGUACGGGGAGAAGGAAGAGUUGGUGAUUGCCACCUUCCUGGACCCCCACUACAAGAUCGUCUUCUUCCAGCUGCCGAAAUGGGAGGCGCGCAAUGCUGCGCACGUCACAAAGGUGGGGGGGUGUGCUAGGAGGGUGCAAGAUGUAGAUGAGGAAACGGUGAUAUGGCUGGUGCAUGUGCGUUUGGCCAAGUACUAG